UGCCACCGUCAGUGCUGCAUCGCAAGCGAACUUUUUCUCUCUUCUAUAAUAGGCUAGGGAUUCAAAAAAAAAAGUGUGGAAGAAAAGCUUUUUGUGCUCCGUUACCUAAGGCCUUUCCGGAAAGGGAUUUUUUCCCUGAGCCGCUGAAUUCGCCGAAGAACCGCCGGAUCCAGGGUGGGAUCCGUAUUUUUUCCGAAAUCGUCGCCGCAAAGUUAGGAAAAUUUAGCUAGAUUAGAAAACAGUGUGUGUGUGUGCGAGGAAAAUUCGAGCGACGACACCAUUGCGGGUGGAAAAUCGAUAAUAAAAAGGGUAACACGGGUGGCCAAAGUCGGGAGCAGUCAUCGCAAUUUGUUUCCUAUUAUAUAGGACAAAACUAGACCAAAUUUUACUAGGAGUUUAAUAAGCAAUUGUCACAGCAGUAUUCGUCGGUAGUGAAAUAAGAAAAUAACUUAGCAAAAAGUGUUAGUAUUUCGAGAAGAAAAGUCACUUUGGUACCAUUUUGGUACCAAAAAUCUCACAAACUAGCAUAAAAUAAUUAGUUUGUAAAGUAGAAAUUCACCCAACUCAAAGUAACAAGGAUCGGUCGGACGUCGGACAAAGAACGCGUGAUUGCAUAAGUUAAGGGGAAGGCAGAGCUACAAACACACACACCCUCGCACACGGAGAAUUGUGCCAUCCCGAGGUGCAAGUGCCCCUGCAACACAUUUCGGCCGCAGACGACACACGCCACAGAGCAAUCCAAUGAAACCUAGUUUCAAAAACGGAAAGUUCGCUACAUCAAUCUAUGAAAAAUGUCUUUGCCAAAAGAGUGGAAUCUCCAGGCAUCGGAGGUCUGUCUCGACAAACCCGACAGGCCACACAGCCUCAUCUCGGACGAGCUUGAGAUCGCGCCAAAGUACGAGAACAAGUUCCUGCACGCCGUGUAUCACCCGUCGAUGCCGGACCACUGCCGGGCCCCACUCAACGCGGCCCUGCUGGCCGAGUGCGACAACAGCGGAUCGUUGUUCUCGAUCCAAUCGGCCCCGGUCGGAGGAAUCGUCGACGGUGGAGUCCUCGGCGUGGGUGGCUGUGGCAUCGGAGCCAACGGAACGCUGCUUACGGCCGGUGGCGGCGGAAACGCUCCGGAUGCGUUCCUGGACCGGCAGCAACGGGACUCGUACCCGGGCACGGGAGUUCUCAGCAGUACGCUCAUCUGCACUCCGUUGCACACUGCCCAGGGCGCGGGUGGGCUCAAGGACAACAACAACACCCUGUUGCGACCCUCGUCGUUGGCGUUCGACCUUUGCUACCAACCCAGCAAGCCACAUGGCAUUGAACCGCAACUAUCCGCCGAACUGGACGAGGACGAUAACGACAAUCUUUUGACUGUGUCGAGCUUAACUGCCCGGCCGUUGAUCGCCAAGUCACGUGAGAUAAGAAGCAAGAGAGAGAAACAACAACUGAAGCGUAAGCUACGGGUUACCACCGAACCGAGCAGCAGAGACGAAGAGGAGGAAGGUCCGCCGGACGGGGGCUACGGAUGGGUCAUCGUUUUCGGGGCCUUUACGGUGCAGUUUUGGGUGGCGGGACUGGUCAAGUCGUAUGGCGUGCUGUUUGUGGAGAUAAUGGAAAACUUUCCCGACUCGUCGGCCACGACCGCCUCGUGGAUUCCGGCCAUUUUGUCCGCGCUGUGUUUGGCGCUGGCGCCGGUCUCGAGUGCGCUGUGUCAACGGUUCUCCUGUCGGGUUGUCGUCAUCACCGGCGGGGUCUUUUGCAGUCUGGGACUGGCAUUGAGCUACUUUGCGACGAGUUUGGUACAUUUGCUGUUCACGUUUGGGGUGUUGACGGGGAUUGGGGGAGGAUUAUCCACGACGCCGGGAAUCAUUAUUGUGUCGCAGUACUUUGAGAAGCGACGGGCCCUGGCCAACGGGAUCACCAUAUCCGGGACGGCCGCUGGAAGUUUCAUCUUCCCGACGUUGAUCGAACGGCUCAUCCAUUCCUUUGGAUUCCAUGGAACCAUAUUGAUUCUGGGUGGUUGCAUGCUGCACGUUUGCGUCUCCGGCGCCCUGUACCGCCCAUGGGACGACUCUGCUCAGAAGAAACCCGCUCAAUCCAGAGACACCCGGUUUGACUUUAAGGAGAACCUCGGCCACCUGAGCUCGUCCGAGGAUCAGCUGAGCCGUCGCUGUCUGGAAGAUCUGUUCCUGGACGAUGCGAUCCGUGACAAGAACCGCGCCAACACGAUCGACAGCAAGCUCGUGAACGCCAUGGACAAAACGCUUCAAGAAAGUGAAGACGAACUGAAAGAUAUCGUGUCGAACGCGAUCUUCCUCAAGCCGAUCGCAUCGAUCAAAAGCUGUAGCAUUCUGCACUCGGUUGAAGAUCUCAGUACCGAUUCGACGUUCGUGUACAGAAACCGUGGCAAUGCCAGUGGCAGCGGUUACGAUUCCCACCGUGGCAGCCGGAUCAACCGGAACCGGUUCCACCCGCAGCAGUCCUCGCUCAAGGAAUCGCGGCCGCCGGUCAAGACCGAACCUGCGGAGCAACAGCUGGUGCCGGCCGGCGGUGGCCUUGGACUGCUGGAUUUGACCAUCGGUGGGGGUGACUUUGGCAGCACUGGAACCAUCGAAAACAACGCAAACGGAAGCAACAACUUUUCCUCGCUGUCUCACAACAACAACCGGGGUCUGAGCAAGAGCAUGAUCAUCCCGACGCCCGUGUCCAACAUCCUGGACGAGGAGUUUGAGGAGUACGGCAAUGGGUUGCUGGCGAAGAUUAGCCGAUACCUGGACAUAUCACUACUGCAGGACCCAACGUUCAUCCUAAUGUGCCUGUCGGUAGGGCUGAUGUCGGUCGGAUGUCCGUACAUGCUUUACUACCUGCCGGCGUACGCGAUCUCCGCAGGUAACACCAAAACAGAGGCCGGCUAUCUCGUGGCGGUGAGUGCCGCACUUGAUUUGAUAGGACGCCUGACGCUCGGCUGGCUUUCUGAUUUGGAUUUGUUCGACCGGAAGAAGGCUUACAUUGUUUGUAUUUUGGGAGCCGGCACGGCCGUGCUGACGAUCGCCUCGUCCGACGCGUGGAUCGUGAUCGCCGUCAGCGCCGGCUGUUACGGACUGUGCCUGGGCAGCUGGUACCUGCUGAUGCCGGUGCUGCUGGCGGACCUCUUCGGGACGGACCGGAUCAGCUCGAGCUACGGGCUGGUGCGGAUGUUUCAGAGUAUUGGUGCUAUCUCGGUGCCACCACUAGCAGGUCUCCUGCGGGAUUUGUCCGGUGGUUACGAGGUCUGUUUCUACUGCAUGGGCGUGUGCAUGGUCCUCGGCAGUGUCCCGCUCAUCGUCGUCGUUCUCCAGGACUCGCUGGCACUGCGCGAUGACCGCAAGCUGAGCUCGUCGAUGGAACGUGUGGCCUAGACGAGAAGAAAGAGGAGGAGAGAACAAUAGCACACAUGCGUUGGCCACGCCCCCUGUCUUGGUAGGCGUGGCACAACAGCAGCAAUUUAUAAGGUGUAAGAAUUUCUCAAGUGUGUGUGUGUGCGCGCGCGUGAUAAAACACUUGAUUUUGAUUUUGAGUAUGUGUCCGAUGUCUUUUUUAUUCAUGACGAUGUGAAUGUUUGUUUUUUGGUUUGCGUUUUAUUACCUAGCAUUAAAUAUAUACCAAUAAAAAAAUAUAUACAUAACAAACCGUGUAGCGUUAAACAAACAAACAAAAUUACUCGAUAAGCAUUGAUUUUUUCUAUGUAACAAAAACAAACAACAACAACUGCAACAAAACGGUAUUAAAAUAAUAAAAAAAAACAACAACAACCAAAAGUGUACGUGUAAGCGCUCUGGUGAUUGCGCGCCUAAGCACUAUUUUUAAGCGGUGUAGUGUUAAGUCACUUGAGAAAACAUGUUCUGCAGGAGAACAGAGAAUAAGAAAACAAAAAUAAAAGACUAGCCAACACAGAAAAAA